AGAUUUGUGGUCCUUAUAAUUGAACUACAUCUUCACUUUAGUUUAUUCAGUUUACUUUUGUUUUCGGUCCUAAGUUUUCUGGUAGCAGAGAGCCACUCCCAGUUUCGAGAGGCUAACUUAACACAAUGGCGGGAACAUCGACGACAAAAGCGAUUUAUACUGUACACUGAUGCAGGUGUAUGUAAGUUUAGCAGUGGUAUAGCUCUUCCCGUUGUCAUGGGUAUGAAGAAACGCUGGGCUUCAUUAUUCGCUUUAGUUGCUAUUCAGUAUCAGUUUUCUGUGCCAACUGUUCCGAUCUAUUGGUGGGAUGUUUGGAAAAAUCGUGCGCUAACAGAUGUUUCCAAAAAUAACAAAGAAAAAACAAACAAUGCAAAUUAUAUAGACGAAGCACAAAUAUUGCUCUACAAUUUCGUCGUUGAAUUUAUGAAUGGAAAAGGCAUAAAUGGCAGUGCUUGCCUAAAUCUGGCAAUAUGUGAAAAUGCUCAGAUCCACGAACACAGAGGGGUCUAUGCAGAAAUACUGCACAGAAUACUAAUACCACAUCCCAGUGUGAAUGAAGCAUAUGUGGAUGCUUUCCGUAUGGGGCGACAUGGCGUCGACUGUAGGACUAAAUUUAUGGGUGCACAAAAUUGCUUGUUGGAUAAUUACGUACAUGACUAUGUACACGAUUUGGAGAAGAGUUUUUUAAAAACUAAUAUUUUCAACCAAAAAUUAAUAUAGUGAAUGAGU